AUGUCUGUAACUUGUGGGCUGGAAUGUGUCUUGUGCGUGGGUUUCAGUCGGUGGGCAUGGAAACGAUGCACACACGUCGGCUCCGACGAUAGUGCCACUUGGACAGCAGCAACAUCUGAAGAAUUCGAACCAAUCCCAAGAAUCUGUCGUGUAAUCCUCGCCGUCUACGAACCUGAUCUCCGAAACCCUAAAAUCUCACCUUCAAUCGGAAACUUCGAUCUAAACCCAGAUUGGGUAAUCAAAAGAGUGGCUCACGAGAAAACCCAAGGCCGAUCUCCACCGUACAUAAUCUACGUCGACCACAACCACCGUGAGAUCGUGUUAGCGAUUCGCGGAUUGAACUUAGCGAAAGAGAGUGAUUACAAGAUCCUUUUGGACAACAAGCUUGGUCAGAGAAAGCAUGGAGGUGGGUUUGUUCAUCAUGGGCUUUUGAAAUCUGCGGCUUGGGUUUUGACUGAAGAAUCUGAGACGAUUCGUAGCGUUUGGGAGGAGAAUGGGAAAGAGUAUGAUUUGGUUUUCGCUGGUCAUUCUUUGGGAUCUGGUGUGGCGGCUUUAAUGGCGAUUUUGGUUGUUGAUAAUCCGGCGAUGAUUGGUGGUGUGCCCAGGAGCAAGAUCCGGUGUUUUGCCCUGGCUCCGGCUAGAUGUAUGUCGCUUAAUCUCGCCGUUAAGUAUGCUGACGUCAUCUUCUCCGUUAUUUUGCAGGAUGAUUUUUUACCACGAACGGCGACACCAUUACAAGAUAUUUUCAAGUCUAUAUUCUGGUGUGGAAGGUUUCCUCCUGAAGUGAGAACUGCGAUUCCCGUGGAUGGAAGAUUUGAACAUAUAGUGUUAUCAUCGAAUGCAACAUCCGAUCAUGCGAUUCUAUGGAUAGAAAGAGAAUCGGAAAAGGCAUUGCAGCGAUUGAGAGAGCAGAGUUCAGAGACGGUGGUAACAAUGGCACCAAAAGAGAAAAGAAUGGAGAGGUUAAAUACUUUAGAGAAAGAACACAAGGAUGCGUUGAAGAGAGCGGUGAGUCUCAAUAUCCCACACGCAGCGUCUACUGCGGAAGAAGAAGAAGAAUGCGACAAUGGUGAAGUACCGGAGUCAAAAUCAAAAAAGAAAAAUUGGGACCAAGUGGUGGAUACGCUUUUCCAUAAAAGCAAUUCUGGAGAAUUCAUUUUUAACGAGAACGUUGUUUCUGAAAGAUAG